AUCCUGGUCCUCCAUUGAUCCGUCUGAACUCUGACUUCCUGCCCAAUCAAUCCGAGGUAGUCCUGAACGCUGGCUCCUCCUUCUCCUUUGGUUGCCAUGGGAACUUGUCUCUCCGAUGGACCACCACUGCGUUUCGUCUGCAGGUCCUGGACCGGCUGCCGAACCCGGUGGAGGUUCGGAGCUCGAACCCCAGACACACAGGAACGUACCGCUGUGGGUACACUAACCAGAGCCUGGACCACCUGAACACCUGGGUGCACCUGUAUGUCAAAGACGCGGCGGACCCCUCCAGCAUUUUCGUGGUCCCACGCAACCUGCCCCCCAUCAGGGAGGGCGAGGACUUCCUGUUCAGGUGUCUGCUGACCGACCCGUCCGUCACCAACCUAACCCUCCAAUCAUCGGACAGCAGCGGGGGCAGGGGGCGGGGCCUGCCCCCGGGAAUGGCCGUGACCUUUGACCCGCAUAGAGGAGCCCUGAUCCGGGACCUGAAGACGUCCUUUAAAGGACACUACGUGUGCUCAGGCUGGAGGGACGGACACGAGAUCCGGUCCUCAGCAGUUCACCUGCUGGUGGAGCGCAGGCUGCGUCAUCCUCCUUCUCUCUCCAUCAGUGAGGAUGAAGUUGUGCGUCUGGAGGGAGAGAAGUAUGACAUCACCUGUGUGACCAGUAACCCCCACUUCUACAACCUCACCUGGACACACCCCCACACUAAGAAGCUGAACGUGUCCGUCAGCCGUCUCUAUAGCAACCAGCGGAUGUACAUCAACAGCACGGUGACGGUGUCCGCCGUCAGCCAGAGACACAGCGGAGACUACACCUGCACGGCCGUCAACGAAGCCGGGGUCGCCAAGGCAACCACGCGUCUCACAGUUCUGAACGCUCCGUACCUGAGGAUCUACCUGCAGCGAGCUAAAGCUAAAGCUAACACCAAGCCCACAGAGAUCAAUGAGGACCUGGUGGCUAACGUUAGCAGGAUGCUAACGAAGGAGCAAGCAGAGCUAGAUGCUAACAUUAGCAGCAGUUUGUUGGCAGUGAAUGGGGAGAAAACCGCUAACGUUAGCGGCAAUGGAUCGGACGUUAGUGGGGACGUUAGCGGGGACAUUAGCAGGAAUGUUAGCGGCAGCACCAUAGUGGAGGUGUACGAAGGUAAAGAUGUGAUGCUAACCUUUGUGAUCGAGGCCUAUCCUCCAAUCAGGAGCCAGCGCUGGACCACAACAACACACAACAACGGCACGGUGUACCAGGAGAGCUACACUGCCAACGGCUACAGGUCUGAGGCCAGCUUGCUGCUGCCCCGCGUGCGUCAGGACGAUCGCGGUCGAUACUCGUUCCACUUCGGGAACGCGUUCUUUAACGGAUCGCAGAACAUCGACCUCCGAGUUUAUCGUUCUCCGAGCGUUGACAUCAGUCUGGAAAACAACACUCUGACCUGCAGCAGCUCUGGUUAUCCAUCCCCCAAAAUCCUCUGGGGCACCUGCCCCGGCGUCCAUGACACGUGUGGAGACCUCUCCACCAAUCAGGAGGCUCCGGCUUCUGUGACAUCACAGCUGGAGGCGGAGCAGGAAGUGAGGAACCAGCUGAUGCUGCCUGCGUCCCCUGAUGAUGUCACUGCGGAGUGUGUGGCUGAGAACCGAGUGGGAGUGUCUCGCCGCGUCUUCGUCCUCCGGUCUGCAGGAACUCCGGCAACGUUGUUAACUCCGGCUCUGAUUGGAGCUCUGAGUGCUGGGUCCGCCCUCCUCCUGCUCCUAUUGGUCGUCUUCUACAAGUGGAGAAUGAGACCCAGGUACGAGAUCCGGUGGAAGAUCAUCGAGACCAGCGAGGGGAACCAGUACACCUUCCUGGACCCGACCCAGCUCCCCUACAACCAGCGCUGGGAGUUCCCCCGAGACCAGCUCCGCCUCGGCGCCGUGCUGGGCUCGGGGGCCUUUGGGAAGGUGGUGGAGGCGACGGCCUACGGUCUGGGGUCCCACGACGCCACGCGCGUCGCCGUCAAGAUGCUCAAACCGAGCGCUCACUCGGAGGAACGCGAGGCUCUGAUGUCCGAGCUGAAGAUCCUCGGCCAUCUUGGUUACCAUGACAACAUCGUCAACCUGCUGGGCGCCUGCACUCGAGGAGGGCCCAUGCUGAUGAUCACGGAGUACUGUAGCCAUGGCGACCUGCUCAACUUCCUGCGGGCACACGCUCAGGACUUCAUGGCGUCCAUGUUGAGCGUGAGCGGGGAGAAGGGAGAAGGUCUCUAUAAGAACAGCCGGCUGCGGAGUGACAGCGGGAUCUCGUGCUGUUCAGACUACCAGGAGAUGAUGCCGGCUCUGAGUCCAGGAACAACACACCUGGGUGUGCAGACGGCCAGCGUCUCUGUGUGUGACCUCAUGAGGUUUUCCUACCAAGUGGCUCAGGGUCUGGACUUCCUGUCCACCAGGAAUUGUAUCCACAGAGAUGUAGCAGCGAGGAACGUCCUGCUGACUGAUCGCUGCGUAGCAAAGAUCUGCGACUUCGGUUUGGCCCGAGACAUCCGCAACGACGACAGCUACAUCGUGCAGGGAAACGCUCGCCUGCCGGUGAAGUGGAUGGCGCCCGAGAGCAUCUUCCAGUGUGUUUACACCGUCCAGAGCGACGUGUGGUCCUACGGAGUCCUGCUGUGGGAGACCUUCUCUCUGGGUAAGAGCCCGUACCCAAACGUUGCCGUGGAUACCAACUUCUACAAGAUGAUCCAAGAUGGCUGCCACAUGGAUCAGCCGGACUUUGCUCCAGCAGAGAUGUACCGGAUGAUGAAACAGUGCUGGAGCCUGGAGCCGACCGACAGACCCACCUUUAAGAUGAUUGGUCAGCUGAUCAGCAGGCUCCUCCCCCCCACCAAUGACUCAUCGCCACAUCACAGCCACCAGUCAGCAUACAAGAACGUGGACGAGUUCAGAGAAGAAGAAGAGGAGGAAGAGGAGGUCAGAGCCGCUCUGAAGAGAGGAGAAGAAGAAGAUCCCCAUGACAACGGUGACCACAAAGAGGAGGAGGAGCCAAUGAUGAAGAACAUCUACCAGCUUUCCUGAUUGUCUUAUCCAAUCAGAACCUGUCUCCUGUUGUCUCCAAUAAAGAUGUUCAAAAUGAAA